AUGUACUUCACCUCCAUCUUGACAACGGCCAUCGUCGUCGCCGCGGCUGUCAACGCACAAGCUGGCUACCCAUCAUCACCCAACAACGCAACCAUGACAGCGUCAGCUUCCGCAUCAACACAAAUGUUCCAGCCUGGAUGCCCGACCGGUGCGCCACCAAAGGGAUAUACAUACAAUUCCUCCAACCCAUUCCCGAUCUCGACGUACGCUACCGCAGUGUCCCAGUCAAGCGGCGUGCCAAUGCCACCACAGAAUGGCACGAUGCCCGCGGGUCCUUACGGGAAUGCGACGACCAGUGCAGUUGGUGGCGCAAGUGCGACGGGUGCUGGAUCAUCUUCGACCGCAUCUUCGUCCACGCCAUCCACAUACACAGGUGCUGCGUCGAGUGUGAAAGUCGUCGGUAUGGUCAGCCUGGUCAGCCUUGGCGCUGUUGCUGCAUUUUUUGCCGUAGCGCUCUAA